CUCCCUCCCUCGCCCCUCGUGGUGUUUGCAGGCCAUUUCGAGGAUUCCAACUCUCCCUCUCUCCAAAGCUCGGCCGUUUGUAGUCGCUCCUCCAUCGUCUCUCCGAAGUGCUCGAUCAUAUCUCACAGCAACCAUACAAGCUCACCAAGCCCGCAAGAUGGCGCCCCAACUAGAUGGUUUCUUCAAACAGGUCGACAACGAUGCUGGCCAUUACAUCGAACGCCUCCGGAAGGCCGUGGCCAUUCCCUCCAUCUCUGCCGAGCCAGCUCGCCGUCCCGAUGUCGUGCGGAUGGGCGAGUUUCUCGCUGACGAGCUGAAGGCCCUGGGAGCCUCUGUCGAACUCCGGCCCCUCGGCGACCAGCCGGGGCAUCCCGGCCUAGAACUCCCUCCUGUCGUACUAGCCCGGUACGGGAAUGACAAGAACAAGAGAACCAUCUUGGUUUACGGCCACUACGACGUCCAGCCUGCAGAGAAGAGCGAUGGCUGGGCGACCGAGCCGUUUGACCUCACGGUGGAUGACAAAGGCAGGAUGUUCGGCAGAGGUGCCACUGACGACAAGGGCCCCGUUCUCGGUUGGCUGAACGCCAUUGAAGCGCACCAGAAGGCCGGCCUCGACUUCCCCGUCAACCUCCUGAUGUGCUUCGAGGGUAUGGAGGAGUACGGCUCGGAAGGUCUGGACGACCUCAUCGUGGCCGAAGCCAAGAAGUACUUUGCGGACGCCGAAGCCGUCUGCAUUUCGGACAACUACUGGCUGGGCACGGAGAAGCCUUGCUUGACCUACGGCCUGCGGGGAUGCAACUAUUACUCCAUCGAGGUAUCGGGUCCCGGAGCGGACCUCCACAGUGGUGUCUUCGGUGGCACCGCACAAGAGCCCAUGACCGAUUUGACGCGGCUCCUAGGUUCGCUCGUCGACACGAACGGCAAAAUCCAGAUUCCCGGUAUUAUGGAGCAAGUCUCUCCCGUGACACCGGAAGAGGAGAGCCUGUAUGACAACAUCUCCUUCACAAUGAACGACAUCCACGAAUCGCUCGGCAGCAAGACGACUAUCUUCGAUGAUAAGAAAUCCACCCUCAUGGCCCGCUGGCGGUUCCCGUCGCUUUCGAUCCAUGGAAUCGAGGGGGCCUUCUCUGCCCCGGGCGCCAAGACGGUGAUCCCAGCGAAGGUCAUCGGCAAGUUCUCUGUCCGGACCGUUCCCAACAUGGGGAUCGAGAAGACCAACCAGGCCGUCUUCAAGUACAUUGAGGAACAAUUUGCCAAGCUCGGCAGCAAGAACACCAUGAAAGUGUACGAGCAGCACUCGGGCAAGUGGUGGGUCGCGUCGCCCAAGCACUGGAAUUUCUCGGCCGCAGCCAAGGCCGUCGAGAGGGUUUGGGGCACUCAGCCCGACUUCACUCGUGAGGGUGGCAGUAUCCCCGUUACGCUCACCUUUGAGCAGGCCACGGGGAAGAACGUCCUCCUUCUUCCCAUGGGUAGUUCAACUGACGGUGCUCACUCGAUCAAUGAGAAGUUGGACAAACGGAACUACGUCGAGGGCAUCAAGCUGCUGGGUGCCUACUUGCACUAUGUCGCUGAAGAACCCAAGGUGUAGAAUGGUAGGCGCAGAGCAAUGGGGACUCUCAAGUACCUUACUUGUAGAAGAACAGUGCUGGGGUCAGGAUGCAUUUUAUGUACAACACGACCAUAAUCAUCAACAAAGGUAUGCCGACACAUAAUGGUAACUAGGU